CGUUUGUUUCUCAUUAUUGGAUAAGAAUCAGAUGGCUAGGAUUUUAACAUAAUACUACAAAAUUCUCUUAACAUUCCCCCCUUCCAUUCUUGAAAUUGCUCACUGCAAAUGGUAUGAAUUUGAUAUCAGAUUGUACAAUUUCCCAGCUUGAUUGUGUUGUAUAAUGGCUUUCUAUGGCUACAAUGGUGAUGUCGGUGAGUGCAAUUGGACUCCCUAUGAUACUUCCUCUGAUUAUGAAUUUUAUAAUUCUUCUUCGUAUUAUGAUUCUUCGGUAACUCGAGCACAAGUGAAUUACUCUAUUUAUGAUAAACACGAGCCUGAUUUGAUCCAAUAUGAGUCGAUUCAGUAUUAUGAAAACAAGCCUGAUUUGAUCUCGUAUGAGCCGAUUCAGUAUUAUGAUUCUUCCAAUGGCAAUUACUAUGAUGCUUUUGAAUCUCGAUUUGAUACAAAUUACUCCGUCUAUAGUUACAGUGAGCCUAAACUUGUUCAGUAUGAGCCUCAUCCUUAUGCUAGGGUUUAUUUUUCAUCUGCGACAAAAUCCCAAGUCUAUAAUUCUACUGAAGAAUUCAAUGAAAUUGAUGAAUUUGAUGAAUAUGAUCCAACUCCUUACGGUGGUGGUUAUGAUCCUUCGGCAACUUAUGGCAGCCCUCUUCCUCCGUCCGAUCAAAACUGUUAUCCUCGUUCAACUCCACAAUCAGAAGGUGCAGCUUUGGACGGUUUCUCAUAUAGCUCAAUUCCUUCACCUUAUGGGGGAAACGAUAAACAAAUUGCAAUCAAAACUGAUCCACAGCCCCAAGGUGAAAGUGUAGAUAAGAUUGCCUUAGAUGGUGUGGGCAAUGAAAAAGUUAAAGAAUUACCUGAUCCACCACCCCAAGGUGCCAUUGAUGGUGUGGGCAGUGAAAUUGGAGAAUUAGGCGUGAACCGAGGCGAUGAAUUGCCUCUAUACAAUCAUGAUAAUGGAUUUGAGAAUGGGCAAUUUGGGAGACAAAUUCCAUAUGGUUCUGGUUUGGAAUGUUUGGAUCUUUGUGACAGUUUUUUUGGAUACUGGCCUUGCCUAGCCAAAGGAGAUCAGAAAAUGAAUGAAAUUUGCCCAGUUUGUGGUCAUGGAGGAAGAAGGAAUCCAUGGGAAAGUGCUGCAGAUUAUCUUUUUGGGACACCAUUAGCUUAUGAUGAGAGGAAUGAUGGAAGAUACCAGGAUACUGUGUAUAACUAUGGAGGUUAUUAUCAUGUGCAGCAGCCUCAAUAUGAAAGUUCAUGGCUGCAUUAAGUUCAUUCAACACAUUUUCAAAGUUUUAUGUCUAUAUAUUUCUUUGUUACCAUGCUUCAUCUGGAUAAAUUCCUCAUUGUUUUGUCACGAGUUAACUUUGUCAAUUUUUUUAUGCAUAAUCGGCACCAAAUCCUGAUAAAUGAGGAUUACCGUAUGUUUGUAGGUUGUGUUUGUGAAGAAUUUAGUUGUAUUGGACUUUUGAGUACGACAAAAUGUAAGGAUACAAUUAAGGAUUCA